AUGGGUGAAAUUGGCGAAUACUGGCGUGAUGUCAAAGAGCACAGAAAGCGGGUGAAAGAAAAUCGGGAAAGAAACCCACCAAGACGAAGAUGCUUCGACUGGAUGGUGACCAGCGGCGUAAAUUACGCAAAGAACCGAUCCUCUUUCAAGUCAUACGACCAUAUCGGAGCAGUAACGCUUUCCUCAGGCGUUCGUGUUAUCGGCGUUGGGACUGUUGAACUUCAAGUCCCGAGGACACCAAAUAACCCAGAAGUCCACACGCUUGUGCUGAAUAACGUGUUACAUACCCCGGAUUCUGUCUGCAACGGAUUUAAUCCUGCGCUACUGGGAGGCACCACGUCCUUCUCAGAACCGCUACAGAGCUACGAAAAAGGCGGUCGGCCAUCCUACUAUGCCACCAUAUUCUGUGGACUAUGGAGGCUUGUGCUAGAUGGGGAGCCGGAGGGAGAAUCGACACUCCCCGAACUGAAACGCAACGGUGCCAUGUUAUCCUUAAGCUUAUUCCUCACAGAUGAAGAUGAAGAUCUUUGGCAGUAUUAUGCAGAUCGUGUCAUUCCGAUGAAAGUAAUAAUAAAAUUUGUAAUGAUUAGUUAUGGGAUGAAGAAUAAACUAAGGGCUACCGCUAGUGCUAAUAGUCCAGAUAAGUUCAGCUCUGAUGGAAGGGCAUUCAUGGUCACAAUUAACCGCCAAAAGAGGAAUACCAGAGAAGGACCUGCUGUUUAUUAG